AUGAAGUCAAGCAUUGCACUCGUCCUUGGCGCUCUGGCAGCCACUGCUACCGCCAUCCCAACCCAACAGCAUCAGCCAACUCCCGACACAGUUGUUAUACAAGGAUGGCGCCUCGAGGCCGCAAAGGCCAAGAUUGCCCACGGUGACGAGACUUACACCAAGGCCCUCGGCCAUCUCACAGCACAGGCGGAUUCCUGGCUCGGUCAGGGCCCGUGGACCGUCACAUCCAAGGACAAGGCGCCCCCGUCUGGCGACAAGCACGACUACGCAUCGCAAGCUCCUUACUACUGGCCCAACCCCAACACGACCGAUGGAUGCCCGUACAUCAACCGCGACGGCGAGCGCAACCCCGAAGUCGACAAGUACACGGACCGUCUGGGCGUUGGAAAAAUGUUCAAUUCGUCAUAUGUGCUAUCUCUGGCGUGGUACUACACUGAAAAGGAGGAAUAUGCCAUGCAUGCCGUGGAUAUCCUCCGCACAUGGUUCGUCACACCCGAGACAGCUAUGAACCCGAACCUGAACCAUGCGCAAAUCAUUCCAUGCGCCAAUACAGGUCGCGCUAUUGGCAUCAUCGACUUUAGCCAGGAAUACACAAACGUCCUUGACGCCGUGUCCAUCUUGUCGACGUCGCCCAAGUCGGGAUGGACUGAGGCCGAUGACGCUGCCUUCCGUGACUGGAACAAGCGCUUCCUCACGUGGCUGACAGAAUCCAAGUUCGGUCUGGAGGAAGCUAAACAGUCCAACAACCACGGCACCUUUGCCAACAUGCAAGUCUCUGCUAUCGCAUUGUUCCUCGGCAACGAAACACUAGCCAAGUCUACCGUUGAAAAGGCCAAGACGUUUAUCAAGAACCAGAUAUCCGCCGACGGGUUCCAGCCCCAGGAGACAAAGCGUACGCGCAGCUGGCACUACACGCAUUUCAACUUGGGUGCACAUCUUCGCUGGGCUCUCAUUGCGGACAAGGUGGAUGUCGACCUGUUUCACUACAAGGGUCCCAAGGGGCAGAGCCUCUUCAAGGCCGUCAAUGUGACUGUUGAUGCCGCCGUCAAUGGCCCAUCAGACUGGCCCUUUGAAGAUCUUGAAUUUAAGAAAUACACUGCCACGGAUAAUAUCCAUGGUGCGGCGCAGGCUGGACUAUGCAGUGCAAAGAAGGCUCUGCCUAGCUUGCAGCCACCUCCAGGCGGUGACAUCUUUAUUCUGAGACCUGCUCCUCAGCAGCUAGAUAGCAUUGUUACGCUGUAG